AUGGACGAAUUAGGUCUUCCUCUGAGAAUGUUUGAGGCGGGUUCAGAACCAUCAGGGCGGAAACGGGUUAAUAACUACUUCAACCUACGGUGGAUUGACAUCAUAAAGAGUGCACUAGAGGAAGAAGACUUGGAAAUGUUGAAUGAGUCGCAGUUCCGGAGAGUUUUGCAGAUGGGUUCGCAUACUUUUUCAGUAAUGUUCCUCCAUUACUGCCUCUCACGUCAGUUGCUAACUGCAAAGGAGUAUGAACUUUGGUGGAUCUUCGUUGGGAAGCCGAUACGCUAUGCCAUACAAGACUUUGCUCUGGUCACCGGACUGAACUGUGGCGACGGCGUUGGGUUAACUGGAGAAGCCGCCGAGAAAGGUAUUGGGCGAGGGAAGGCGUCCGGUAAAGGCAAAUCAUCUAUGUCAAUAUGGGAUGAUUUAUUUCGUGGGGAGGAGAAGCCCACACCUGGAUGGAUCAUGGAGCGGCUUGUGAAGGGUAAAAAAUACAAGGAUCGGUUAACCCGUUUGCGGCUUUCGUUGUUGGUAUUGGUGGAAGGGAUUCUGUGUCCAACUUGUGGGACAACAAAAAUCAGACCCGAAAUAGUGAGCAUGCUUGGUGAUCUUGACGCUUUCAUGAAGUAUCCAUGGGACAGGGAGUCAUUUAUACUGACUGUUAGAAGUACAAAAGCAAGAUCUGCUGUUAAUUAUGUGAAGGAUACAAUGGCCAUUCAAGGAUUUACCCAUGCGAUGGUAUUGGUUACUGUGACUGCAUGUCCUUCUAUCAUUAUUAAGACUGGCGGUGCGGAUCCUCUAGCAGAUUCCACCCUGUCGAGCGAAGAAAUUAUCAGCAGGGUUGUUGAUAGAAAGGUGGUGGUCAACAUUGUCUCGGCCAAGACGGUUGAUCAACUGGGACAGGAAGAUACGAGUGUUGAUACCAUGGUUGCUUUGAUUGACGAUGAUUACCCAUUUGAGCAUAAUACUUGGUCAGGUGGUGUGAAAGCGGAUGAGGUUAAACUGAAGAAGGGUCAUGCACAAACUUCGGAGUCAAGUGAUGAAAAUGUUCCCGAGCCGGUUGAAAAGGAUAACGCUCAUCAUGGUGGCGUAGAGAGUGGUGGUUACCCUGGAGAUCCGAGAGGGAAAUCAUCAGCUAACCCCUCGGGUGCCCCGCAUGGUGGUGAGAGUUUCCAUUUUGAUGUCCAAACAUUACUUAGGCGUGCAGCUGACGCAUACGAGGAGAAGGUUAUUGCAAUGUAUGAGGGCUAUAUUCUGAGUUUGAAGGGCCAUUUUAAUUCUGAAGUGGGAGGCCUUUGA